UAUUCACUGUACAAGGCGUCCCGCGCCCAUUGGCUGGUCGGUAACGUCUGGGGCCCUUCAGCUCAGUGCCAGCACCCAGAUCCACGUGCACCCGCGUGUGUGACACAGCCCUGACCUCAGUGGGGGCCAGUAGCCAAUCAGGUGCCAGGACGAGAUCCUCAGCCAAUCGGGGGCGGGGCCUGUGGCUCCGCCGGCAGGAGGCCAAUGAGGGGCAGUGCCUGGCAUUAUGCAACCCACCUCCUGGCCCCGCGGAGCUUCCAUUCGGCUGCGGGCUGCAACGGCGGCAGGCAGGCGGCUGAAGGACGCUCGCGCGGACAGGUGCUGGCUGUGAUCUGUGACGGAACUUCUCAAUCCUCAGAGACUUGAGUCUCCCACUUCACUCCCUAGCCAGGCCUCCUGGCCCCUUGUGCAUCCGUGGUGGCCUCUCCAUCAUCGCUGUUUUCCACCUGCCUUCCCCAUGGCCCAGACAUGAGUAGCUCCCCAGAAGGGGCUGAUGGGGAAGGGGACCCCAGGCCAGGAGAAUCCAUUUGUUCUGGAGGGGCGCCUUCCCCUGGGCCUCCACAGCACAGGUCCUGCCCUGGCCCCAGCUUGGCUGAUGACACAGAUGCCAACAGCAAUGGCUCAAGUGGCAAUGAGUCGAACGGGCAUGAGUCCAGGGGUGCAUCUCAGCGGAGCUCACAUAGCUCCUCCUCUGGCAAUGGCAAGGACUCAGCCCUGCUGGAGACCACUGAGAGCAGCAAGAGCACAAACUCUCAGAGCCCAUCCCCACCCAGCAGUUCCGUUGCCUACAGCCUCCUGAGUGCCAGCUCAGAACAGGACAACCCGUCUACCAGUGGCUGCAGCAGCGAACAAUCAGCCCGUGCAAGAACCCAGAAGGAACUCAUGACAGCGCUGCGGGAGCUCAAGCUUCGGCUCCCGCCAGAACGCCGGGGCAAGGGCCGCUCUGGGACCCUGGCCACACUGCAGUAUGCACUGGCCUGUGUCAAGCAGGUGCAGGCCAACCAGGAAUACUACCAGCAGUGGAGCCUGGAGGAAGGUGAGCCAUGUGCCAUGGACAUGUCCACCUACACUCUGGAGGAGCUGGAGCACAUCACGUCUGAGUACACACUUCGCAACCAGGAUACCUUCUCCGUGGCUGUCUCCUUCCUGACAGGCCGAAUCGUCUACAUUUCGGAGCAGGCAGGUAUCCUGCUGCACUGCAAGCAGGACGUGUUCCGGGGAGCCCGCUUCUCAGAGCUCCUGGCUCCCCAGGAUGUGGGCGUCUUCUAUGGUUCCACGGCCCCAUCUCGUCUGCCUACCUGGGGCCUGGGGGCUUCGGCAGGUUCAGGCUUCAAGGACUUCACCCAGGAGAAGUCUGUCUUUUGCCGUAUCAGAGGAGGUCCUGACCGGGACCCAGUGCCACGGUACCAACCAUUUCGCCUAACCCCAUAUGUGACCAAAAUCCGGGUAUCAGAAGGGGCUCCCGCACAGCCAUGCUGCCUGCUCAUUGCAGAGCGAAUCCACUCGGGUUAUGAAGCUCCCCGGAUACCGCCCGACAAGAGGAUCUUCACUACACGGCACACACCCAGCUGCCUCUUUCAGGAUGUGGAUGAAAGGGCUGCCCCACUGCUGGGCUACCUCCCCCAGGAUCUCCUGGGGGCCCCAGUGCUCCUGUUCCUGCAUCCUGAGGACCGGCCCCUCAUGCUGGCCAUCCACAAGAAGAUCCUGCAGCUGGCCGGCCAGCCCUUUGACCACUCUCCCAUUCGUUUCUGCGCACGUAAUGGGGAAUAUGUUACCAUGGACAGCAGCUGGGCUGGCUUCGUGCACCCCUGGAGCCGCAAGGUGGCCUUUGUGUUGGGUCGCCACAAAGUCCGCACGGCACCCCUGAAUGAGGACGUAUUCACUCCUCCAGUCCCCAACCCUGCUCUUUCCCUGGACCCUGAUAUCCAGGAGCUAUCUGAGCAAAUCCAUCGGCUGCUGUUACAGCCUGUGCACAGCCCCAGUGCCGUGGGGCUCUGUGGAGUCGGCCCUGUGACUCCCCCAGGCCCUCUCUUCAGCCCUGGCUCGUCUAGUGACAGCAACGGGGGCGAUGCCGAGGGGCCUGGGCCUCCUGCCCCGGUGACCUUCCAGCAGAUCUGUAAGGAUGUGCAUCUGGUGAAGCACCAGGGGCAGCAGCUUUUUAUCGAGUCCCGGGCUCGGCCUCCUCUUCCCCGGCCCCACUUCCCUGGCCCAGCUAUAGACACAGUCAAGGCCAAGACCCUUUACUGCCAGUCCCCAGACCCAGCGCUGGAGGCAGACCCUGCUCUAGUCCAGGCCCCAGCAGCCGUGGCCCCUGAGGAGGCUGAGAGGAAAGAAGCCUCCAGUUGCUCCUACCAGCAGAUCAACUGCCUGGACAGCAUCCUCAGGUACCUGGAGAGCUGCAGCAUCCCAGGCACGAUCAAGCGUAAAUGUGCCUCCUCCUCCUCCUCCUGUACCGCCUCCUCGGCCUCUGAUGAAGACAAGCAGGGGACAGGUCCUGUCCCUGUGGGCACCAGGAAAGAUCAAUCGGCAGUGCUGUCGGGGGAGGGGGCCACCCCUCGGAAGGAGCCGGUGGUGGGAGGCACCCUGACCCCGCUCGCCCUGGCCAAUAAGGCGGAGAGCGUGGUGUCCAUCACCAGUCAGUGUAGCUUCAGCUCCACCAUCGUCCAUGUGGGAGACAAGAAGCCCCCGGAGUCGGACAUCGUCAUGAUGGAGGACCUGCCUGGCCUGGCUCCAUGCCCAGCCCCCAGCCCCACAGUAGCCCCUGACCCAGCCCCAGAUGCCUACCGCCCCGUGGGCCUGACCAAGGCCUUGCUGUCUCUGCACACACAGAAGGAGGAGCAGGCCUUCCUCAGCCGCUUCCGGGACCUCGGCCGGCUGCGCGGACUCAAUGGCUCCUCCGUGGCUCCCUCGGCCCCUGGAGAGCGAGGUAGCCAACCUUUACCUCUCUGAGCUGCCCUCUGCUAGUCUAGGGUCAGACUGUUGCGGGGAGGGGAUUUUUGAGGGGGAUGUUCCUGCUCCAGAGACCCAGGUUGCUGUUGCCCAGGCCCUGGGCCCUGCCUAGGGAUGGGCCCUUCGCUAGCGUCUCCCCACUAGCCAGGGAACCAGGCUGCAGCCAGAGGAGGGCAGGCUGGGGGGCUGGCACUGAGCCAGGCGGGCAGACCUACUUUGCUUCAGGUAAGCUACUUCAGGUCCGGCCAGGGGGCAGGGGCAGAAAGUGUGCCCCCUUAGACGCAGUUGUCACUGAUUAAGAGAUGUAUACAGGCCCUGGCAGUGUGGCUCAGCUGGUUGAAUGUUAUCCUGUGCACCACAAAGUCGCCAGUUCAAUUCCUGAUCAGGUCAUAUGCCCAGGUUGCAGAUUUGGUCCUAGUCGGG